AUGACGACCGCACCGCAUAUGCCGGCCAAGGCACACAGCACUGACGAUGUGCACCCACGGCCAAAGGGUAUCCUCAAGAACAGAUCGUUCCAGGGUGUUCCUGCUGCUCCGCCAGCAGCCACUCCUCCCACCAUCCCAACUAUCGCUGAGCCCGCCGAUACCAAAGAGCUCACGCUUCAGAACACCUUGCAGAACGCAGGCCGGCGCCGGUCCUCGUCCACUACACGGCCUGGGUCGUCCUCCCGCCGACACUCCCUGGCUAGCCAACACGACGAAAACGAACCUCGAUUGAAGUGGGACGAAGCGAACCUAUACCUAACGGAGCAAGAGCGCACUGCCAAGAUGAAGAUUGACGAGCCCAAGACUCCAUAUGCCCCGCACUACGACCCGGCCGAGGACGAGGAGGCGUUGCGUCUGGAGGAGGCAAAGGAGAGCCUGAUCGAUGCACAGGAUGUUGUAGUCGACGAGCUGGACCGAACCACCAAAGGUGGCCACCACAAGAAGGCGGUCUCAGAGGAUGACAUUCCUGACCUCGAGCUGGGUGAGCCCGAGGAGUCUCUCCCGGUCGACCAUCACGACGCCUUGAAUGACCCUCGUAUCUACCGCGACCGCAGUAUGAGUACCGACUCUCACAAGAGUGAGAAACAUGUCGUCGUCGGCACUGACACCAACGGCGAUGAGAAGCAUCGCCAGUUCGAGGAGCACCGAAAGAAGCAUUACGAGAUGAGAAAUAUCAAAGAGCUGCUCGCUCACCCUGAGAAUUUGGAGGAUGAGAUGGAAGAAGACGAGGAUGUCGCCGACCCCGGUCCCCCACCGGCUGUGCCCCAGAUUCCCGGGCAAUAUCGCACUGGCGGACAAUAA